CCUAUCCGGAGCCGUUUAGGAUUCAGCCGCAGAGUACGAGCGAUAACAGACAUGGCGGACUCCCUCGACGGAGGAGCAAACGACCUGAAGAAAGCUGUUUCCACAAACCGCAGUGGGACUAACACUAAGGAGAUGAACACCAUUUCCAAAUCCGGUUCACAGACCGUCUCUAACUUAAUCGCCAAAUCACAAUAUUGUGAAAAACUGCAGGAAUGGAUGUGGCAGUAUUACUGCGGAUAUGUGAGCUGGCAGAGCUGGGUGACUGUGUUUCCUUUUCCUCCCUGUUUCCCAACACAAGUAACGAGUGGGAGCCUGAGACCACCAACAGGGGGGGCGGAUUUGUCUAACCCAGACCUAUACACCUGGAUCACUCAUUGGUCUGGUGUCCCUUUUUCUGCAUUUCCGUCCAUUCCUGCCCCCUCUAGCAGUACGGCUGCUAAUAACGCGAGUGAAAGACAGGUAUUGAUUAAUGGUCAGAGUCAGAAUGGUCCUGUCUCCCAGCACGUGCAACAAAAUGGAAACGCCCAACAGCCAGGUCGAGAAUAUUUUAUUCCUUCUCUUCUCCAUCGCUUCCUGGCUGAGAUGGUGGACUUCCUCAUCCUCUUCUUCAUCAAAGCAACCAUUAUCCUAAGCAUAAUGCACCUGAGUGGAAUGAAGGACAUAUCAAAAUUUGCCAUGCACUUCAUUGUGGAAGAGAUAGAUGAAGACACGUCCAUGGAGGAGCUGCAGAAGAUGAUGCUUAUGGCUCUUGUGUACCGGAUACUGGUGUGCUUCUAUGAGAUUAUAUGUGUUUGGGGAGCUGGUGGAGCUACGCCAGGGAAGUUUCUGCUUGGCCUGCGAGUGGUCACGUGUGACACGUCAGUGCUGGUCCAGCCCAGCCGAGUGCGCGUGGUGCCUGCGACUAAUGUCAGUCUCUCAGCGUCAACCAUCCGUGCCCUAAACAAAAACUUCUCCAUUGCGUUUUUUUUCCCGGCGUUUAUCACGCUGCUGUUUUUCCAGCACAACAGAACUGUGUAUGAUAUCGUGGCAGGGACUAUAGUGGUCAAGAGAAACAGACUCAGGUGAUGUGUGUGUGUGUGUGUGAAUUUCACCUGCUGGGUCACAGGAAGGAGAGAAAAUGAGGAAAUCCUUGGAACUGUCGAAUAGAGAAAUGCUUGACAUUGAGUAGUUUUCACUCCAAGUUUUCAGAGGGAGCUUUUGAAUGAUUUGCUGCAGCGAGUUAUUUUUUUUUUGCCGCCGUUUGGCAUGUACAACGUGAAUUUUUUGUAUUUUUAAAAAUUUCAUAAAAUGCAGUGCAAUGAGUAACAUGCAAAUUUCAAUAAUAGUAUAAACAUUUUCUUUGCUAAUUACUGUGUUCAGCAUGUUGCUCUGUAUAUCAGCACCACAAACAAGAAUCAGUCAAAAGUAUCUAAAUGUUUUUGGCCCCGAAAGACACAAAAAUGUCAGAUUUUUUUCCCUAAGAGUUUAGUUUUAAAGUAAGCUUAAGCAUUAAACCUUGGGUCACUGCUUUCCUUAAAUAACAAAGAUGCACUGGAUUAAUAACUAAUUAUUGUAUGUAUAAUUUCUCUUCUCUUCAUUAACACUUGGCCUCAUUCUACAGCUGAACAAUUCAGAUCAUGAUCUGAAGAUCAGAGCAAUCUGGCAAAAAAUCAUUUAUUAAAAACCUCACAGUAUAAUAAUAAUAAUAAGCUAUAAUAAUUUAUCUGACUCCAUUUAUUUUACAGAAUGUGCCUUUAUUGUGCCUUUAAUAUAAAUGUGCUAAUAAAUUUCUCCUGUGUACAUAUAUAUAUGUAAAUAAAUAAUGAUGUGUA